AUGGUAAUGCUAGCUAACAGUACGCUGGCAGUUGCGGCCGCGCAAUCGACACCUAUAUCCAACGUGGCGUGCUCGCGACACUAUACCAUCGUCGAAGGAGAUACAUGCGACAAGAUCGGAGCAAAGACGCUUACAUCUACAUAUCAAGUAAUGGCACUUAAUCUUCCCGAGGCGGGUCCGGAUUGUUUCACUCUUACCCCAGGACACCAAAUAUGCCUGGGGCGAUACGGAUCGGACUGCCAAAUAGUAUAUCGGGCGACGUCCUCGGACACAUGCUCGAGCAUCGCCUCAGCAUUCGGCAUCUCGCUCUCGCUGCUCAAGUCUAACAACCCAACUUUGGACUGCGGCAUUGUUUACGACGGGCUGAUGCUCUGCACCGCGCCAGGGAACAUUGUGCCCGUCACACCAAGCGGGCUCAACAGCAGCUAUCUCUUGCUCGGGCGAAGAGGAUAUGACGUGGCACAAGUACAGAAGGCUGCGCAGGCGUUAGAGGUCGGCGAUGGAGCCAUUGUUCGCGAUGCGAGCCACGCACACGGCUCUAGCGCCAGGCACGCCCAUCGGAGUGCGCAUCACGCACAUAUGCGCAAGAACGCGCACUGA